CACGGUGCAUUCAAAAGAGAGGAAGAGGAGUCAUGCUUCCAUGGAGGAGCAGCCGUCCUGGUGUGCUUUGUGUCAGGACGUCCUGAAGGAUCCGGUCUCUACCAGCUGUGGACACUGGUUCUGCAGACGGUGCAUCACCUCAUACUGGGACCAGUCUGCUUCAUCAGGAGACUCCUCCUGUCCCCAGUGUGGAAAAAGACCAAGAACAAGACUGCAGACUGCCAGCCAGACCAGCACUGUACAAAUGGACGUUGGUCUGCAGGAGGUUUUAGAUGAACAUAAGAUCAGUCUGAGGAGGAGAUGUGAACGUCUGACUGAAGGAAGUGAUGAAACAGGAAGUGGAACCCUCCUCAACAGGAUCUACACUGAGCUCUACAUCACAGAGGGACAGAGCGAAGAGGUUAAUACCCAACAUGAGGUGAGGCAGCUUGAGACAGCUUCCAAGAAGAAGACCCUCCAUGAAACUCCAAUCAAGUGCCACGACAUCUUUAAAGCCCUACCUGGCCAACAGGGACACAUCAGAGUCGUUCUGACGAACGGCGUCGCUGGCGUUGGAAAAACCUUCUUGGUGCAGAAGUUCACUCUGGACUGGGCAGAGGGCUUGGAAAACCAAGACGUCAGUCUGCUGAUUCUGCUUUCGUUCAGGGAGCUGAACUUGAUCAGAGAUGAGCGGUACAGUCUUCUCGAGCUGCUCCAUGUUUUCCAUCCAACAUUACAGAAGGUCACAGCAGAGAAGCUCGCUGUCUAUAAACUUCUGUUCAUCUUUGACGGCCUGGAUGAAAGCAGACUUUCACUGGAUUUCCACAACAAUGAGGUCGUGUCUGAUGUCACACAGGAGUCAUCAGUCAACGUGCUGCUGACAAACCUCAUCAAAGGGAAUCUGCUUCCCUCGGCUCUCGUCUGGAUCACUUCCCGACCUGCAGCAGCCAAUCAGAUCCCUCCUUCGUGUGUUGGCAGGGUGACAGAAGUACGAGGCUUCACUGACGCCCAGAAGGAGGAGUACUUCAGGAGGAGAGUCAGUGAUGAAGAGCUGUCCAGCAGAAUCAUCUCCCACAUCAAGACAUCCAGGAGCCUCCACAUCAUGUGUCUGAUCCCAGUCUUCUGCUGGAUCACUGCUACAGUUCUGGAGCACAUGUUGACUACAGACCAGAGAGGAGAGCUGCCCAAGACCCUGACUGACAUGUACUCACACUUCCUGCUGGUUCAGACAAAGAGGAAGAAGCAGAAGUAUGAUGAGGGACAUCAGACGAGUUCACAGGAGCUGACGGAGGCUGACAGGGAGGUUCUUCUGAAGCUGGGGAGGCUGGCGUUUGAACAUCUGGAGAAAGGAAACAUCAUGUUCUACCAAGAAGACCUGGAGCAGUGUGGUCUGGAUGUCUCAGAGGCCUCGGUGUACUCAGGAGUUUGUACAGAGAUCUUCAGAAGAGAGAGUGUGAACUUCCAGAAAACAGUCUACUGCUUUGUUCAUCUGAGCGUUCAGGAGUUUCUGGCUGCCAUCUACAUGUUCCACUGUUACACCGACAGGAAGACAGAGGGACUGGAGGACCUGGGAACAUACUGGCAAUACAGGGGCUCAACCCUGGAUGUCUUCCUGAGGAGAGUCAUGCAGAAAUCCCUUGAAAGUAAAAAUGGCCACCUGGACCUGUUUGUCCGCUUCCUUCAUGGCCUCUCUCUGGAGUCCAACCAGAGACUCUUAGGAGGCCUGCUGGGUCGGACAGACAACAGUCCAGAAAUCAUCCAGAGAGCCAUCAACUACCUGAAGGAGAAGAAGACCAGUACCUCUCCUGACAGAAGCAUCAACAUCUUCCACUGUCUGAUGGAGAUGAAUGACCACUCAGUACAUCAGGAGAUCCAAGAGUUCCUGAAGUCAGAGAACAGAUCAGAGAAGAAACUCUCUGAGAUCCACUGCUCAGCUCUGGCCUACAUGCUGCAGAUGUCAGAGGAGGUUCUGGAUGAGUUGGACCUGAAGAAGUACAACACAUCAGUGGAGGGACGACUGAGACUGAUUCCAGCUGUGAGGAACUGCAGAAAGGCUGUGCUUUCUCGUUGUGGACUCUCAGAGACUCAAUGUGAAGUUGUGGCCUCAACUCUGAAGUCCAACUGCUCUCAUCUGAGACACCUGGACCUGAGUCACAACAAGCUACAGGAUUCAGGAGUGAAGCUGCUGUCUGCUGGACUGGAAAAUCCAAACUGUAGACUGGAGACUCUGAGAUUGAGGGGCUGCAGUUUGUCAGAGACCAGCUGUGCUUCUCUGGCCUCAGCUCUGAAGUCCAACCCCUCCCAUCUGAGAGAGCUGGACCUGAGCUACAACACGCUGCAGUAUUCAGGAAUGAAGCUGCUGUCUGCUGGACUGAAGAGUCCACACUGCAGACUGGAGGCUCUGAGAUUGAGUUUCUGCAGUUUGUCAGAGAUCAGCUGUACUUCUCUGGCCUCAGCUCUGAAGUCCAACCCCUCCCAUCUGAGAGAGCUGGACCUGAGUCACAACGACAAGCUGCAGGAUUCAGGAGUGAAGCUGCUGUGUGAUUUUCUGGAGAGUCCACACUGCAGACUGGAGACUCUGAGGGUGGAUGGCAGAGUAAACAGGGCUACGCCUGACAGACAUGAAGCAUGUCCAAGAAGGGAAACUCCACAGCGGAAGGUCCCAGCAGAGGACAGGGUCCCAGCAGAGGCCAGGGUCCCAGCAGAGGACAGGGUCCCAGCAGAGGACAGAGUCCCAGCAGAGCUCAGAGUCCAAACAGAGCACAGAGUCCCAGCAGAGCUCAGAGUCCAAACAGAGCACAGAGUCCCAGCAGGGGACAGGGUCCAAACAGAGCUCAGGGUCCCAGCAGAGCUCAGAGUCCAAACAGAGCACAGAGUCCCAGCAGAGCACAGGGUCCCAGCAGAGGACAGGGUCCCAGCAGAGCACAGGGUCCCAGCAGAGGACAGGGUCCCAGCAGAGCUCAGAGUCCAAACAGAGCACAGAGUCCCAGCAGAGCACAGGGUCCCAGCAGGGGACAGGGUCCAAACAGAGGACAGGGUCCCAGCAGAGCACAGAGUCCCAGCAGAGCACAGAGUCCCAGCAGAGCACAGGGUCCCAGCAGGGGACAGGGUCCAAACAGAGCACAGGGUCCCAGCAGAGCACACGGUCCCAGCAGAGCACAGAGUCCCAGCAGAGGACAGAGUCCCAGCAGAGGACAGGGUCCAAACAGAGGACAGGGUCCCAGCAGAGGACAGAGUCCCAGCAGAGGACAGAGUCCCAGCAGAGGACAGGGUCCCAGCAGAGCACAGGGUCCCAGCAGAGGACAGGGUCCCAGCAGAGCACAGGGUCCCAGCAGAGCACAGGGUCCCAGCAGAGCACAGGGUCCCAGUCGCAGAGAAGAAGCUGCUCUCAGUUCGGACACAGUUUGUAAAGAGAGUGUCUGAACCGGUUCUGAACCAGCUUCUGGACAGACUCCUUGAGCAUGGCGUUAUAAAUGAUGAGGAAAUGCAGUCAGUCAGAAUAAAAGCAACAGCAGAAAAAGCGCGAGACGUGAUCGACACGGCGCGAAGAAAGGGACCUGAAGCCAGCUCAGUCCUGAUCGCUGCUCUCUGGGAGGUGGAUCAACACCUUUCCAGAGUGCUGAACUUAAACUGA